CAUCCUCCCAUCCUCUUCUACAAUGAUCCCUCUGCCAGGCGCCGGGCGGCGCGGCGACAUUGCCGUCGAUCGUGCUCGCGCCGCCGCAGCCGCAGCCGCGUCAGCAAGCAGCAGCCCACCGCUCGACUCCUACGCUGCGCACGCGCACGCACAGCUCGACGCUCUCGCAUCAGGCAUCGGCCUCUCCUCGCAGCAACAGGCAGCGCAACAACAGCAACUUUCUCGGCGCUCGCGCUCUCCACCUGCCUCAUCGGCACACGCCUCCUCCUCUCGCCUACCCACCACCUUGCCCUCCUCGGGCAUCUUUGUGCCUCGCACCUCUCGCACCUCGGCCGGCGUACGCAAGCCUCUCUCGCGCUGCUCCGAAUCUGAGCUCGAGGGCAUCUCCGAGCGCGCAGACUCCCUCCUACGCUCUGCUGCCGUGCGCGAAAAGCUUGCGCCUGCAGAAUUGGAGCGAUUGCGGAGAGAUGGCGAAGAGGCAAGAAGGAGAUUGGAGGACAUCAGGAGAACGAAGGAGGAGGAGAAGGGCAGGAGGGAAGAGGUACGACUGGUCGGCAGAAUGGAGGAGCUGGAGCUGCGAGAGGAGAGCGCAAGUCCAAGGCUCACGAACUCGCCAGCGAUGCUGUAUGGACGAAGCCCGACGAGCAACUACGCGCUGGGCUCAAGUCCGACACACACGACCGAGGCUCGCCGCUUCGUGCGCGAGCGGGAACAGUCGCCAACGCCAGGUCGAGUCCAGCUUCUCUCCUUCCAGCAAGCCUCCGCGCUCGAGCGGCAUACCUACGAAGUCCAAGCUGCCGUCGAACGUCAACGCAUCGAGGCUGCGACGCAACGCGCGCUCGCCAGGAUGGGCAUCAAGGAUGACGACGCUCCUUCUGCCUUGCCCGGGAACGCGACGGCGGCGGCGCGUGAGAGGCAAAGAGACGAGAGGGAGAGGAGAGAACAACAGCAGGCGGAGGAAGAACAGGAGGAAGAGAGGGAGGAGAUGGAGGGUGAGGGAGAGGAGUACGCAGAGGAGGAGUGGGCCAGAGGCAUCGAAAUUUGAGCCUUGUUGGCGCCCGCCAUCCUUUGCUUUGUGCGUGAGAGAGGUGGGACCGCUGAGCGUGCAGUUCCGUGUGAGACUGGGAGAGUUCGGCUCUCGUCUGUCUCUUCAGGCAACACAUCACCCGUCUUCUACUACGCCUCGCUGCGGUCCUCCUCAUCGAUGCUAUCGAACGUCUUUCUAUUUCGUG